CUGCAAGCAAUUUACAGUUCCGUCAUCAUCACGAAGAAAACUUCUUAGAAAAUCCGACCGAAGUUUCCUCUCUCAGACAUGUGUCAAGGUCGCCAGCGAUCCAUAUCUCCCGACCACCGUCUAUCAACUAACCGCCGCCCGUCGAACGACAAUGCAGCGGUGGUGGAGUAUCUCCGUGGCCAGCUCGCCGAGACCGAGGCGCGGCUCCAACGAAUCAGAGCUCGAGAAGCCGAGCUCAGCCGCAGACUCCAGGAGAUGAAGCGCUUCCUCUCCGUCAUGGAGAUCCUUGAUUCUUACAUCAAGCGCCGGUUCCACGAGCAGCGAGAAACCGUGCUGCGCGUCCUCUCUUCCGUCCCUACGAGAUCAGAGCUGCCGAAUCGGUGAAUUCAAUGCCUAUAUGAUUUUCCUCUUCUUUUUUAUUUUUUUGGUGAAUCUGGGCCGCUCUGAUGUGCGUUAUGUUCUUUGUUAUGUUUAAUAGAUAUGGCCCAGUUACUAUCAAAUGUUAGUUGCAUGGAAAUAUAGAAUUUGCAAUUUUCUUCUUUUAUACCUUUUGUGCAUCUGAUGUUUAUAGUUAGGGUUUCGACUGUAAGAUCAGUGAACAGUUGAAAUUUCUGGAGAAAUGGCAAAUUCACUAACUUUUGUUGAAAAAUUGCUAUUCUAACUUUGAUUGCUCAUGGGUGAUUUGAGGAGGCUGUUCUACUUCUUACUCGUAAUUUCUCUUGGGGGGUUUCAAUUGCUACAUUUGGCAGCAUUUGAAGUUAAUUAGGUACUUGCUGCUGAUGCAUUGAGGCCUUUUAAGUUCAGGUUCUCUAGCAGAAAUGUGGCAAACUAUUUAUGCUGUGUGGAGUGGAUUGUGUUAGUGGGCUUAUAUUCUCUUAUUUAAUGCUGUUUGUUAUCUUCAUGUUCAUUCUGAGUAGUAAUUCAGAGAGGUAGUUGUCUCUUUGACAUGGAGACAUGAAGAAGGCUGGCAUGCAUUAUGGUUCUGGGGGGGGGACAGUGUUGUAGAUGAUAGUUUUCCCUUUUUCUUCUACAUAAGAUGCUGGUAGUGUUCAAGUUUUGUCCUCAGUGUGUUGGUAGCUUGCAGAGGGGAUACUUCUUUGAAAAGAAUUGAAUCAGGUUAUGGUUUACUUCUACCACAAACAAGGCAAAGGAGUAAUACUUGUUCUAUUUUAAAUGAUAUGGUUGCAAAUGAGAGUGAGAGCAGACUUGCGUAGUGGGAAGAAAGGGAGGAAAAGGGGUACAUAGGAGUUAUUUCUUGCAAAAGUAAUGGUUCAAAGGUAACAGACUCUAUCUUACUGAUCCUAAAUUUAGAAAAUGUAUUCCUUGACUGAUGUGAGGAUGGACAUUUCUAUGUUAGCAAUGUCCAUCUCUUUUU